AUGCCGCUCUGGCUAGGCGUAAUCUUGAUUCGGUUGAGUUUGUUUUUCAAAACCUUAUCCUCUUCUAAGGGUUAUUCCCUUCGUUCCGGUACGAGUUUGUCUUACACCAGGGCGAGGGAAGUCGUUUUGGCUAAGUUUCGGGCCAUCGGUGUUGAUACGUCGGGUAUAGGUUUGCACUCGCUUAGGAUAGGGGGCGCUUCGGCUGCGCUUAAUAGCGGAGUUCCCGAUCACGUCAUUAAAAACCACGGCAGGUGGAAAUCUGACUCUGCCAAGGAUUUAUAUUGCCGUGAAAAUCUCCGACGUCAGCUUCUUGCUACUUCGCGCAUAGGUCUCUGA